GUGGCGCGCAUGCGCAGUAGCGAGAACAGCGUUCGCCGCCGAUUGACAGGAGCCGGUUUUCGGGCUCUCCCGCGACGAUGUCCCGCAAGCAAGCGGCGAAGGCCCGGCCGGGGAAGGCGGAGACGGAACGGAAACGGGACGAGCGAGCGGCUCGGAGGGCGCUGGCGCGCGAAAGGCGGAACCGACCCCAGGCCGAGGGCGAGGGAGGCCUGGCCGGGCAGCUGCAGGCGCUCGGGCUGCGCCUCAGGGAGGUGCCGGGCGACGGGAACUGCUUGUUCCGGGCUCUUGGGGACCAGCUUGAAGGUCACUCCCGAGACCACCUCAAACACCGCCAGGAAACUGUGGACUACAUGAUAAAGCAACGGGAGGACUUUGAGCCUUUUGUGGAGGAUGAUGUUCCUUUUGAGAAACACGUUGCCAAUUUGGCACAGCCUGGAACUUUUGCUGGCAACGAUGCCAUUGUAGCCUUUGCAAAGAACAAUCAAGUCAAUGUUGUCAUCCACCAGCUCAAUGCCCCUCUGUGGCAGAUUCGUGGAACAGACAAAAGCAACGCUCGAGAGCUGCACAUUGCAUAUAGAUAUGGAGAGCACUAUGACAGCGUCCGGAAGAUUAAUGACAACUCUGAGGCUCCUGCCCGGCUACAGACGGAGAUGUUGUGCAGAAACGAAUGUAAUAAAAAAGAGAAGGAGGAAGCAGAAUCAGAAGAGGAAGUCCAAGACGAAAUUGAGGAUGCUGUCCAGAAAGUGCGGAAUGCAACCGGCUGCCUGGAUUCUGAUUUAAUCAUCCGGAUCCUUGAAACGGAGGACUACAAUAUCGAUUCUGCAAUAUUUGUUGUGUGUCAGAUAAAUGAAGUGAAAAGGCUCCAUGCUGAGAAAGCCCAGGAAGCCCAGGAGACAAACCGACCGAAACUGCAUCCCAAGCCAGCCCUGUGGGAAGAGAAUGGAAGUGGCACUAGGAUUUUUGGGAGCCAGGAAAUAGAAAACAACAAGCCCCAAAUGAGCUCGCUGGAAGGAAACCAAGCCAGUAAAAAGCAGGCACCAAAGGUGUCCAACAGGCAGGAGAAGAAGCAACAGCGACUGGAGAAGAAGCGAAGGCAGGAAGACAGACACCGGCAGAAAGUCCUAGGAAGCAAGAGCAACCUCUCAGACAAUAAUAAGAACGCCAUGGAGUCUGAGUCGCAGGUCACCCUGGUGAAGACCAUUGCGGCUCUCAACAUCUGACUUAAAGGUGUUUCCCCAUUUCUGAUGUGCGUGGGAAAAUGAAACUCUGGCUGCUGAACUUUGCACCCCAAAAGUACCUUCUUCAGAGCAAACAUUUCGCCCCUGUCUGUCUUUGUGAACAGGGGUGUCUGCUAUGCUGUUUAACUGACAGUUAAACAAUUCUUCAGUUGUGUACAAGAACACUGGUGUGGGAUGGCUGAGCAGUUCCUGUGCUGGAGCCUGGACAACAGAGGCCUUAGGGGUGGAAUCCCCAAUCAUGGAUCCUCUCGCUGCAGAGCUCAUGGAAUUUGCUCCGGAAUCUUCCAUGGCCACUUCCCAAUUUGUCUUAUUUUCAGUGAUCCCCGCCUGCAGGAGAGUUAAAGGGUUUCUUUGCUCAGGAACACACCUUCUUUUUGGCAAAGUCAGCAGGGAAAAAAGAAAACUGCUUCUGACUUACAUCCCAAAGUGAAAACUUAUCUACCAAAGUUGGUACUGAGCCUGUUAGUUUGUUGCUUUCUCCUCCCAAUCCUACUCCCCAUGGCAAUAUUGUUAAAUUCUAGACAAUGAUCAAUCGUGCACUUUAGCCUACGGAAAUGAUGGUGGCUUGUUUCUGGGUGUGUGUGUGGUGGGUUGUGUGCAUAGUAGCAAAUUCUAUACAGACAGGCCGAUAGUGUAGAGAAACUUUUCCUAUCUGCGGCAGGGUUUGUUUGAUCAAUUACUCACUUGCACCCCUAGCAGGAAUAGGCCACAAUUGUGUCACACCACUGGUUGGGCAGCUGUCCACCAUUACAGACUUGUAGGGGAAGGACCAGAUCUCAUCUUGUGCCUGCCCUUGUGGGAUUCUUAGUCCUGCCGCACUUAUGCAGGGAGAUGGGCUCCUCCUGUGGGGGUGGGCAAAUCAGAGUAUGAAGUGGUUGAGCAGCGCUACCUAAGUUGGAUUUCAACUGUGGCCACUUCACCAACAAUGGGGAGGAAAUGGACAGGCCCCAUCCUUGCCAGCUUACUCGUAUGUGAUGCAAACAAGGCUGAUCCAAAGUGUACUUUCAUCUUGAACAUUGGCGGUUUUGUUUCCUUGUGAAUGUCAUGGCCUUCAUCCAAAGACACUUGGUACUCAAAGAAUUACUUCUUUAUCAUGUUAAAAUUUAUAGACCCAAGAAAUUAUACUGGCAAACUUCCAAGGGACACUUGUUCCUUAAUUUUGUUCGCUAAAAAACCCCCAUUUUCCUCCCUAAAGAGUUCUAUUAUAGUUGGGUUUUUUUAAAAGGCUAAUUCAGCAGAUAUUACAGGGAAGGGGAAGCUACCCCCCGCCCGCAAUCCCACCAGCUGCUUUUGGAUUCCAAUCCUUGUCAUCUCUGGCCAGUUCCUAGGCUGACUGGAGUGGAACAGGGUUUGUGUGAUUUCAAUAUGUAUAUUCUGCAGUUGCCAUAAAGAGUGGGUUUAGUGUGCCUAAAUUGGUUGAUUAGGAAGGCAAAAUUUGGAUGGAAGCAACUUUUUUAUCCUAGUGCUGCAACAGUUGGAAAAUGUGGCACUUGCCUAAUGGCGGUUUGGAAACAGGGUUCUGGUGCUUCUGAUACUUAUAAGCCAAAGGGUGGAUUUAGCCAACGCAUACUAAAAAAUGUCAUUCAACUAAAAAAGGGCAGAGGGAAAGCUUAGGACCACUGGGAGUGGCAUGAUGCAAGCUGCUAGUGCAGCCUUGGCCACUUGGGAGCUGUUAGUCCAAUAUACCUGGAGGGCAGCAAUUUGGCCAAGACUGCUGUAAAGGCAGUGGUUGCCCCUGCCCUUAGAACGGAAGCUGAUGCCAGAGCUGUCAAUCAUGCCUCUCAGCAGGCUAGGCUGACAGGACAGUUUGGUGAAGGUUCUCCUUACAGUUAGUUCUAUGAUGCCAACAAUCUGGACAGCUGUUCAGCAACCCCAAGAACUUUUCCUCUCGGUGACAUCAAGUAAUGACAGUCCUCUUCGUUCUGGAAAAGAGAGCCAUAGCAGAGAUCCAGGUUUGAGGUUGUAAAUAUGUUUGGUGGAUAAUGGACAGGAUAAAAGUUCUGCAUCUUUGUGGUUAUCAAAAUAAAAUUGGCCUUGUUGGGGCUAUCAACCAGUUAAAACA